AUGAUCACACACAAGAAAAGCAACAUCCCUGUCCUAAUCAAGUACAUGUGUCACACUUAUCCUAUGUGUCACAUCCUGUCCUAAUCAAGUACAUGUGUCACACUUAUCGUAUGUGUCACUAGACGUAGGCCGGUCUUCAGUGGAUAAACUAGUUUUCUUAUUGUACGGUCUUCAUUCAUUCUCUAGAAUCGUUAACUAGAAAGAUAAUCAAACUGCAAAAGAGAGGAAGAAGGAAGAAUCUUUGAUUCUUGAAAAUGGAGAAACGAAACAAGAGACGAGUGAUUCUCUUCCCUCUACCAUUACAAGGCUGCAUAAACCCUAUGCUUCAGCUAGCAAAGAUCCUGUUCUCAAGAGGCUUCUCAAUCACCAUCAUCCACACGCGCUUCAACGCGCCCAAAUCAUCAGACCACCCUCUCUUCACUUUCCUACAGCUCCCCGACGGCUUGUCCGAAACCCAGACCCAGUCUCGCGACGUCCUGCUUCAGCUCACCCUUCUCAACAACAACUGCGAGAACCCGUUACGACAGUGUUUGACUAAACUCAUCAAACCCGAGGAAGGUUGUGAGAUCAGCUGUUUGAUCGAUGAUUCUGGUUGGGUUUUCACACAGUCCGUUGCGGAUAGUUUCAAUCUUCCGAGAUUCGUCCUCUGUGCGUAUAAGUUCACGUUCUUUCUCGGACAUCUCCUUGUCCCUCAGCUUCGCCGUGAAGGGUUUCUUCCGUUUCCAGAUUCCGAAGCAGAGGACUCUGUUCCGGUGUUUCAACCGCUUCGAAAGAAAGAUCUCGCGAGAAUCAUGGGAAGCAAAGAUCAAGCUGAGCCGCUGGAUGCUUACUUGGUCAAGAUACUCGAAACGAUGAAGCAAGCUUCAGGGCUCAUAGUCAUGUCCUGCGAAGAGCUCGACAGAGAUUCGAUCGCCGAGUCCCACAGAGUCUUCACCUUUCCUAUAUACCCCAUAGGCCCACCUCACAUCCACGACGUCCCAGCCUCGUCUAGCAGCUUGUUCGAGCCGGACCAAAGCUGCAUUCCAUGGUUGGAUAAGCAAGAAACGAGAUCAGUGAUCUACGUGAGCUUAGGGAGCAUUGUGAGUGUAACCGAGUCUCAGUUCUUGGAGAUUGCUUGUGGGUUAAGCCAAACAAACCUGUCUUUCUUGUGGGUUGUCAGGCCAGGUUCUGUCCAAGGCAGAGAGUGGAUCGAGUCGUUACCGUUAGGGUUCAUGGAAGGUCUUAACGGGAAGGGAAAGAUAGUGAAAUGGGCACCGCAGAUAGACGUUCUCGCGCAUAGAGCCACGGGUGGGUUUUUGACACACAAUGGAUGGAACUCGACGCUAGAGAGUAUAUGCGAAGGGGUUCCUAUGAUCAGCUUGCCUUUUGUGUGGGACCAGUGGCUUAACGCGAGAUUCGUUAGUGAUGUAUGGAGGAUAGGGAUUCACUUGGAAGGUCGCAUAGAGAGAAGAGUAAUCGAGAGAACCGUGACAAGACUAAUGGUUGAACCAGAAGGAGAAAAGAUUCGAGGGAGAGUUAAAGUGCUGCGAGAUGAAGUAAGAAGAUCGGUUCAACGAGGAGGGUCAUCAUCUCGUCAUCUAGAUGAUCUGGUUGAUCGUAUUACAUCCUUCUAGCUUCAUAGUUUGAAUAGAGUGUGAUCACUUUUCAUUAGAAAAAAAAAAAGAAUGUGACCGUUAUAUGUUGUAUAUGUGACUCAUGAACUUCUUUAAAAACUAUUUGCUCUGUUCC